CCCUCAGGCCCGGGAAGGACUCACGUCCUCUAGGUCAAACCUUCCUCCCACGGACUCCGCUCUCUGCAGAUGAAGUCGAUUGAUAACUCUGUGGCCGUUUCAACGUUUUCAUGUUGCUCAUCUUUAUUGUUUCUUAUCUUUAUUUCCUGUCAAUUCACAUUGAUUCCAACUCUUUCGCUUCCAUGGUUACUCAGUAGAGCUUCGGUAUAAAUACCUCCUCAUCCAGACAUGGUCGCUGUUCGAACGUUGCGGAGGUCCGGUUGUUAAGGUUUUGGGAGGCCAUAAAUGUUAGGAAAGGGGGAGAGCUUAUGAGUGUUGAUAUGCUCUUUGUUGAUGAAAAUUCAACGCUAACGCAAGGAUCUGUUGGGGCGAACCGUCAGCUAAGGUUCAGAGAUCGUCUCAGUGAAGGCUCUCUCUACACGUUAACCGGAUUUGACGUCACACGCAGCAACACCAAUUUCCGUUUGUCUGAUGCUCCUUUCUCGAUUUGGUUCAAUGAAGGAACCAAAAUUGAGAAGAUUCCAGCGUCUGUUAGGCCCAUACCUACGGAGCUUUUCAGGUUCAUGCCAUACAGCCAAAUACUUGAGCUCGCAAACACUGGCAAGCAGCUUCCUGACAUAAUAGGUGAGUUGAAUGCGAUCAGAAGCACAAUCACAGACCGUUUACCAGGGGCACAGCGUGUCAUGCUAACUCUGCGUCUUGAAAGUGGCGAAAACGUGUGUGUGAGUAUGUUUUGACUCCAUGGCUCUUGCGUUUCAUGCCAAACUUGACAGUUAUGGGAGGGAGCCCAAAGUCAUAAUUGUUACUAGCGUCAAUCCUAAGAUAGUUGGUGGCCGUCUGUUUUUGAAUGGUACUUCCUGCACACAUCUUUACUUUGACUCUGAGACAGCCGCCGGGAAAGAUUUGUUUGACACGUUGCCAGGUCAUGGGGCAGACCCAGGAUCAUCUACUUCGAAGGUCGUUCAUGCACAGAAGAUUGAACCAAUGACCAUCUCCGAGCUUAACCAUUUCAUUACCACCGCUGAUUCACAGAUAAUAGAGUUUCUUUGCACCGCUAAGGUCACUGGUAUCCAGCUAGAUGACGGUUGGUGUUAUAUUGGUUGCUCCGGUUGUUCAAAGAAACUUGUCCGGGAGAUAUCCUCUUUCACAUGUGCUUCAUGCAAUGAAACUAAUGCUGUUGCUGCGCUCAGGUACCGAGUGACGUUGUCUGUCUCAGAAAACACUGACACCGCAUCUUUCCUAGCUUUUGAUAUGGAGAUGGCUAAACUGACUAACAUUCAAGCUUCUGAGGCUGCUCAAAUUGUGGUUGACACGGAACUUCCUCGGUCCCUUGCUGAUAUUGUUGGAAAAACCUACACCUUCCAGCUCAAAUUGAAUGAUUUCAAUUUCUCCUCCAAGCACCAAACCUUCACUAUCUCUCUCAUCUUUCCGGAGCGAGUGUUUGCGCCCAUGUCUGCAUUUGUAGUUGCUGACGGAGCAGAUGUUCCCGUCGAUGCACCUCCUGAGGUAGUGGCUCAGCCACCAAAUGCCAACGUUGGAACCACUUCCACUGUAGCAGACAAUCCAACUUCAUCUGAUGCUUCAGCUGCUAAACGUCCACCACCGGCCAAAGACCAAGAUGAUGUUGACAAGACUGCCCCAAAGAAGGCACAUGUGGAAUGAGUCCAUUACUCUAGCUUGAACAACCACAGCUGCUUCAGUUUCUAAUUAUGCUCUACUUUUUUAAUUUCUCCUUUUGGACUAUCUCGCUUUGUCUUUUAAAGUGUUGUGUCAUGCUUUAGUGUUUUUCUUGUGGUUGUGAACUAUUUCGCUUUGGCUUUUAAAUGAAUGUGGUUGUUCUUUUUA